AGCCUCAUUCCAGUGAUCAACACAGACCUCUCGUUCGAAAACAAUCUCCCACAAAACAAUCAAUCAUCAUGUUCCGAUUGGUGGUGUUGUCCGCUCUUCUCGCUGUCGCCGCUGCUGCCCCGGGAUACGUUCACUCGAGCCCGUUGGCCUACACGUCGGUGGUUGCUGCAGCUCCGGCUCUGGUUGCCCAGAAGGAGAUCUCGUAUGAGAAGAGCAUCGUCGAGGAGCCCACGGUGGCGCACGUUGGAACCGUCCUUAAGAACGUUCCGACCGGUGUGACCCACACCAGCUCGGCCGUUGUUCAUGACACCAAGGUGCGCGAGCAUGUGUACGCCCCGGCUGUGAAGAAGACCGUCGUGUCGACUCCGGUUGAGAAGACGACCUACGUGCAGGCCCCAGCUCCGGUUGUCUAUGCUGCUCCAGUUGCCAAGACUGUCUACGCUGAGGCUCCAGCUGUCGCUUAUGCUGCCCCAGUUGCCAAGACCGUUUAUGCUGCUGCCCCGGCCGUCGCUUAUGCUGCCCCAGUUGCCAAGACCUACGUGUCGGCCCCAGCUGCCGUCAGCUACGAGUCUGCCCCGGUGUCGUACGUUGCUGCUCCUCUGAAGACGUCGUACGUCAGCAGCUACCCGUCGGUGUACGCCGCUGCUCCGGCCGUCUACGCGCACGAGUACUAAACGAAACCCUAGACUGUCCACCCUUGAUUCCCUAGCGCCGUGCGGCGACGGUCGCUGUUCUCUUGUUCACUUUUGAUUGUUUCUGUGAAAGAUGAGACCAGCCGGCUCCGUGCGAGAAGAAUAAAUGAAUGAGUUU